AUGCUAGAUGAAAACAGUCAUUUGAUUCAGUCUAUUCAAGAAUUUCAGAGCAAAGGAAAAAUUUCUGAGUGUAUGCAAUACCAACAAAUACUUCAUCGAAAUUUAGUUUAUUUAGCAUCCAUAGCUGAUGCUAACCAAAAUGUUCAAGCUCUUUUACCACCUCCAGGACAAGUACCUCAACAUGGUGUCCCUGUAACAUCUGCUUCUUCUUCAAAUGAGACUACUAGUGGCUCAGUACAAGUUUUUCCUCAGCCUCAAAAUUUCAGAACUUCUUCGAGUCAACAAAACAUGUCACCCAGAAAUCCUGGUCCAGGUCAACAAUCAUACAGGUAUCCCCAGCAACAAAAUUAUCAAAAUCAAUAUCCGCCGCAAACGCAAGGACAAAAUUAUGUAGCUCCUGUGCAAGCUCCCAACAGUUCUUAUUCUUCGCCACAAGGAAGUUACAAUACGACCUAUGGAACUCAAGCAUCGUCUCAAAACACAUAUGGCUCUCCUUCUCCUAAUUAUACAUCAGGUUCACAAUCUCAAUAUGGACCUUCACCACAACAACCCUAUGGACCACCUCCGCCGCCGCCUCCCCCUCCUCCUCCUCCACCGCCUUCCACAACUCAAUCUUCUGCGUAUCCGCCAUCUACUUCGAACAAUCAAUCAGGAUAUCAACCUUCUGGUUUUCAAGCUCCGCUUAGUAACUACUCAAGUUCUCAACCUUCGAUAACAAACAGUUAUACAUCAUCGCCGGGAGCUUCAUUUACACCUAAUGCCAAUCAAACUGGAUACAAUCAAAAUAACUAUCCAUCUCCUCAGCCGCAUCCCGCUACCCAAGCUUAUAGCCCUGGUCCUUCUAAUUAUAAUCCCACUGCAACUCCUUUUUCUCAACCGCCUAACACUCCUGCUCAAACAACUUUUCCUUCUCCCGUAAGUAGUUCACCGUCCGCCGGAACUCAAACCUACGCACAGGGCAACUCUUCGCAAUCCUAUCCGACUCCUCCGGGAUCUCAAGCAAGUACUUAUCCGCCGCCUCCUCCUCCGCCAUCUCAGUCUGUGGCUACAUCUUCGAGUCAACCUACGUAUCAGGGAGGUCAAUCGCAAAAUUCGGCAACAAUUCAACCAUAUCAAUCUCCCUCUGGUCAAGGCUCGGUUUCUGCUACGGGACAAUAUCCUCCUGCACCAACACAAAAUUAUCAGCCCGGGAGCCAACAGAAUUAUCAACAAUCAAAUUAUCCUCAACACGGUUAUUCACAAUCGUAUCCUCCUGCUAAUCAAUAUUCCCAACAAUAUUCUCGCCCGCCACAAAUGCCAUCAUCAGGUCCACAAAAUCAACCUGCGGGAGCGGGACAAUUUGGCUACGAGCAAAGUCGUUUUCAAAAUUAUCAGCCACCGCCUCAGUAA